AUCUUAUUAGAAUAGAACGACAAAAAAAACCACCUUAGCGACGCGCAAGAAAGUCCAUUCUUUAUGAUAUGGAUGAUUGAUUAUAGAUAUAAUUUCAAAACCAGUUUGAAAGGGUAGAUGAAUUGGAAGGAAUAAGGGAUGGGGAUGGGCUCUCUUGAAAGCUCUUUAAUUUUAUAGCUUCAUGUGUAUGGUCUAUGGCUUGCACCAAUUAGCCUCCUCAUCCUUGCACUAUAUAAGCAUUGCAAUGGCUUUUCUCACCCUUCAUCAUCAUCCAUCCUUUAAGUAUGGCUGCUAAACAUCAACUCAUUUUUCUGUCUUUCUUUGUCUAUAUAUCUCUUCAUGAUCGCCUCCCAAGUUGCUGCUGCUAGCCCGGAACAAGCUGACACCGCACCUUCACAGCCCGAUUAUGCAAGCCAAUCACUCUAACAAUGUGGGACAAACUCGCAAGCAUUCAGGGCAUUGAAAUCGAAAAGGGACUCAAAUCAGGUACUUGGAUACUGGCGACUUCCUUCCAAGGACUGUCACUAACAACGCGUCACAAUUCAUCAAUCGAACUGAACCGGGCCCUUCUACCAGUCACUGUCAUUGCUGCGAUCAAACCAAGUUCAGGCACUUACGAAACAAAUACAUCAAACAUGUACUCACUACUAAGCCUCUAAAGUCUCUCUAAGAAGCAAAGAAGCGCACCAAGUCUAAAGAGAAAGCUGAAAGUUGAAGAGGACGUCCACAAAAAAAAGGCUUAGCUAAUGUUUACACAGCUUGAAAACUUUUUUGACUCUAAUCUCUAUUCCUACUGUUCUUGUAAAAUAUAAUUGUCCCAACUCAGUAGGAGAGGCCUUAUGUCAGUUUGGUACAUAUUAGAAAUGAAGUGCAAGUGAUCACUUCAAUUUUUGUAAAACAAUCCCUAAGUUAGAACUCUUAAGUUAGCCAAAUAUCAUAAAUGGAGUGUAGGUGAUCACUUCAUUUUUUUGUAAAAUACUCCCUAUCUUUGUGAUUACAUAAUAUGGAUAUGAUAUAGGCACUAUGUUCAAUC